AUGGUUAAAACAAUUCUUGUGACGGGCGCAACGGGUCAUCAAGGUGGUGCCACCGUGACAGCUCUGGUCGACUACAACUCGAAGAACGUGGACGACCAAUAUCACAUUCUAGCAUUGACUCGAAACCCAACUUCUGAUUCUGCUGUGGCCCUCUCAGGUCUACCUAAUGUGGAAGUAGUACAAGGAGAGCUUGCGGAUAAUCAAUCUAUCGCCAAGAUCUUUGAUGAUCAAAGCAAAAAUGGGAUUUAUGGCGUAUUUGUCGUUUUAGAUCCUUUCGGUGGCGAUGAACUUGCACAAGGGAAACUCCUUGUUGAUUUGGCCAUAAGUCAUAAAGUGAAACGAAUCGUUUAUAGCGGAGCAGAUUUAUCUGGGUUGAGUCCCACUCCCGUACCUCAUUUCGAGACUAAACGACAAAUCGAAGAAUAUCUGAUUUCUUCUUCCUCAGGGAAAAAUCAUAUCAGUUGGACCAUUUUCCGUCCAGGAGGAUUUUUAGAGAAUUUCUACAUUCCAGGCUAUUCUCUUGUUGUAGCUGCUCUGCUAAAUCCUGAUAUACAAUUCCCGUUAAUCGGAACCGGAGAUAUCGGUCGAGCUACGGCUGAAAUUCUAGUUUCAUCUGAUGAAGAUAAUGAGAAAUUCAAGGGAAAGAAAAUACAUCUUGCAGGUAGUGCUUAUCCCCUCAAAGGCCUCCUUGAGAUCCUCAAGAAGUUUGGAUUUCCUGUUGAGGGUUUGACAAGGGAACAAGCUUAUGGGGGGUUACCUGAACCUGCCAAAGUCGCUUUCAAUACAUACAAUGAAUUUGGCGCAGAAGGUACUCCAGAAGAGACUAAGAAAUACUUCCCAUGGGUGAAAGACCUGGAGGAAUGGUUGAAAACGGAAUAUCAGUCAGACAAGGUUACUAAAUCAUAUGGGGCAGCCAAAUGA